GCUGUGUAAACACUUGUCUCUGAGUACCAAACUCAAAACUGAAAGCAAAGUUAAAGCAGUAUUGCUUGCGAUCUCUGAUGUUUCAGACGGCAAGUUCCGCAGUGGCUGCGGCCAGAAACAGCGAGGGCGGAGUUGGGCUGCCGGCUCCCCGCACAACCCCGCGGCUCCAGGACGCCGAGGUCCCAGCCGGAGCGCAGGGGUCUCAGGAGCGCGCGCUUGCACGGCAGGACUGAAGGCUGAGCCGGCCGAGAGCACUGCCCUUAAAAGGAGGCGGGCCGUACCACCGCCGCGCCCGCGGGAGGGGGGUCCCGGCGAGCUCGGGCACCUCGAGGGGAGCCGAGGGCCGUGCGCUUUGCCCUCGUAGUGCGAGCCAACUGAGAGCGGGGAGCCCGCGGCGGGCGGCGGGGACGAGCCUGGUGGUCUAGAAGUGCCCCGAGAGUGCCCCGGGGCGGUGGGCAGCGCCGGUCCCCGGGCUCGAGCGAGGUGCGGUUCGCCCGGCGGCCCCCGGUGCCCGGAUGUCCGUCAGGCUCGGCGCGAGCCGUGGCUCCGGGGGGCGGAGGCGGCGCUGAGGUCGCGGAGCUGAGGACGCAGCGGCCGGGAGCUGAGCGUCCGCGCGCCUGGGGCGUCCGCUGAGCUGUGUCGCCGAGGACUGCGGUCGAUGGAGAGCGCGGCGCGGGCGGAGGGGCCCGCGGGCCGAGGGCUCUGAUGGACACGGGACGCCGGACUGUGUGAGCCGAGCCAUGGCAGCCCACUCCAGCUUGUACAAUGAAGAUAGAAACCUGCUUCGGAUUCGAGAGAAGGAGAGACGCAAUCAAGAAACUCACCAAGAGAAAGAGGUGUUUACUGAGAAGACGCCGCUGUUUGGAGAGCCCUACAAGACGGCUAAAGGUGAUGAGUUGUCGAGUCGCAUACAGAACAUGCUAGGCGACUACGAGGAGAUGAAGGAGUUUCUGAGCGCCAAGUCGUGCCCUCAGCGGCUGGAGGGUGCGGAAGACAGGCCAGGGAAGCUGAGAUACCCUUCGCUUCACGACAGGGGGAACAGCCUUGCCUCCCACUCCUUCCGCACACAUGUCUACCACCAGCCUAUUCCUACUUCUGCCCCUGGAUCACUUUCUGUGGGUAACAUUAGCCACAGUCCAAAGAUGGCGCCGCCAAGGAUGGAACCAGUGCCAAGUCUCCACGCCAAAAGCUAUGGCCCGCCCGACAGCCAGCGUCUGACUCAAGAUCGCCUCAGUCAGGAAGGGCACUGUUCCAGCCACAGAAAGUAUGACCGCAGAGCUGAUGGUGACUCAGCUCCGGAGAUGAAGCUCUCACCCUUAAUCUCCUCGUUGCCGUCCCCUGUGCCCCCUUUGUCACCUGUACAUUCCAGACUGCAAGGACCCAGCAAGGUUCCCAGCAGCAGCGGCACCAGCAGUAAAAGCUACUGUGCAGCUGUGUCUUCCAAGGACCUGGUGGUGAAGGGUCAGGAUAACGAGACUCCUCUUGACAGUUUGGUGGCAGUCACCAGCCUCGGGGUAGCCCCUUCUCAGACGUUCCCACCCCCUCCCCUCCCCUCCAAAAGUGUAGUGAUGCAGCAGAAGCCCACGGCAUAUGUCCGGCCCAUGGACGGUCAGGAUCAGGCUCCUAGUGAGUCCCCGGAGCUGAAGCCACCGCUGGGAGACUAUGGACAGCAGAGCUUUGAAAAGCCGGAUGCAAAGGUGCCUGCCAAGGCCAAGCUCACCAGACUGAGGAUGCCUUCGCAGUCCGAGCAGACGUUCUCCAAUGAAGCUCACUGCGUUGAAGAGAUUCUGAAGGAAAUGACCCAUUCGUGGCCGCCUCCUCUGACAGCUAUACACACACCCAGUACCGCCGAGCCCUCCAGAUUUCCUUUCCCUACAAAGGAUUCUCUGCACAUCAGUUCUGCAGCCCAAAGCCAAAAACAAUAUGACUCACCAUGCAAAACCCAUCCCAGUUCCCAGCAAGGAACAUCCAUGCUUGAGGAUGACCUGCAGCUCAGCGACAGUGAAGACAGCGAUACGGAACAAGCUGCAGAGAAACCUCCGUCCCCAUCUGCACCUCCAAGCGCCCCACAGCCGCUUCCCGAACCAGUGGUGUCAGCACAUUCCAGUAGUGCAGAGUCAGAGAGCAGCGCGUCCGACAGCUCCUCGGACUCCGAGACUGAGAGCAGCUCCAGCGACACCGAGGAGAACGAGCCCCUCGAAACCCCGGCUCCCGAGCCCGAGCCUCCGACAACCAACAAGUGGCAGCUGGACAACUGGUUGACCAAGGUCAGCCAGCCCCCAGUGUCCCUCGAGGGUCGCGCGAGCACCGAGUCUCCACGCUGGCGUCAGGAAAGUAAGGAUGGAGACCGCAGCACUGAGCAGCCGCACCCUGAGUCCAAAGACCCUCCCCCUAAGAGCGCCAGUAAAACCCUCCGAGGUCCCACUGAGGGGCCCCAGCCUGGGAAGAGGAGCUGCCAGAAAUCCCCUGCCCAGCAGGAGCCCCCAUCUCGGCAAACUGUCGGAACCAAACAACCCAGAAAACCUGCCAAGGGCUCUGGCCAGGCAGAGCCCCAGGGCAGCGGGCCUGCCGAAAGUGACCCAGGGCCCCUUCCCUAUGGCUCAAAAGAACAGACUUCCAAAGACAAACCCAGGGUGAAGACGAAAGGCAGGCCACGCUCUGUGGGCAAUAGGGAGCAGAAGCCUGAAGGGCCCAUGCCUAAACCACAGGCAACUGUGCCCAAGCCACAGGCAGCUGUGCCCACCCCUAAUGAGAGGAGGAAGCACAAGGGUUCCCCGGCCCCCUCCAAGGCCCCCUCAGGCCCUCAGCCUCUAAAGGACAAUGCUGGGGACAGGAACUCCGAGCACUUUGCCCUUGUCUCGUUGACUGAGAGCCAGGGUCCACCCCACAGUGGCAGGGGCAGCAGUGGUGUCAGCAGCAUCAGGACUAGCGGCUGCCGACAGGCGGUGAUUGUCCAGGAGGACGGCCAAAAAGACAGACUCCUGGUACCCUUGAGAGACCCCAAAUUGCUCUCACCGCUCAAGGACACUCAACCACCAACGAGCUUGGUGGUGAAGAUAACCCUAGACCUUCUCACUCGGAUUCCCCAGCCCCUGGGGAAGGGCGGUCACCCCAGGAAAACCGAAGACAAGCAGCUGCUGGUGGCAAAGAAGCAGGACUCUGAGAAGAGAAGCAGCGACGGCUCCAGCAGAGUAACCAAGAAGAGAAAGGGCGACCCAGAAACAGACCGUGACAGCAAGAAAAUCAGAUUGCAGAAGGAUGUCCCCUCACACUGUGCUUCGUCUUCGUCUUCCCACACCGAGUCUUCCAAGACGAAGACUCCCAGGCCCUCCUCGGAGUCCUCAAGAAAGGAAAUGCUUCCUCCUCCACCUGUGUCAUCCUCUUCCUCCUCCUCGUCGUCUUCCUCCUCCCAGAAGUCAACCAAAACUGCACACAAGAGGUCAAAACCGGAUGCAGAAGCCUGUGGUCAGGAUCCUCCCAAAAGUGCCAGCAGUACCAAGGGCAACAAGGACUCCUCUGUUCCCAAGCACAGAAAAGUGCAGGCCAGGGGCUCGGAGCACAAAGGGUCUUCUGGAGAACCCGCAAACCCGUUCCCAGUGCCUUCUUUGCCAAAUGGUAACUGUAAACCAGGGAAGCCACAAGUGAAGCCUGACAGACAGCAAGCUGAUUUUCAUAUGAAGGAGGCUAAAAAAUUGAAGUCCAAAGCAGAGGCAAUGGCGGACAAGACUGGAAAGGCCUUCAAGUAUUUGGAAGCCGUCCUGUCUUUUAUUGAGUGUGGGAUGGCUAAGGAGUCAGAAGGCUCAGCAAAGGCGGCGUAUGCUGUCUACUCAGAAACCAUAGACCUCAUUAGGUUCACAAUGUCACUAAAACCCUUCUCAGAUACCACGGCGCCAGCACAAGAAAAGAUAUUUGCCGUUUUAUGUUUGCGUUGCCAGUCCCUGGUGAACAUGGCGAUGUUUCGAUGUAAAAAGGACGUAGUAAUGAAGUAUUCUCGCACGCUUAGUGACCACUUCAAGAGUUCUUCCAAAGUGGCCCAGGCACCUUCUCCGUGCAUGGCAAGGAGCACAGGCGUUCCGUCUCCCCUCUCCCCAAUGCCUUCUCCUGCCAGCUCUGUGGGGUCCCAGUCAAGUGUUGGCAGCAUGGGGAGCAGUGGGGUGACGGCCACCAUCAGUACCCCAGUCACCAUCCAGAACAUGACCUCCGCCUAUGUCAACUUCACAUCCCACGUCCUUAAGGCCUUUGAUCUGUGGGAUCAGGCAGAGGCCCUUACAAAGAAGAAUAAAGACUUCUUUGCUCAGCUCAGCACAAAGGUGCGUAUCUUGGCCCUCAACAGCAGCCUGGUGGACCUGGUGCACUACACAAGACAAGGUCUGCAGCGGCUGAGACAAGCUCCCAAAACUCCCUAGUACAGGCUGGGAUUACUUGAUGCCUUGGAAUGUCUUUGCACAAUUGGAAGCCUUGAUCAGUGUAGACAGCUGUCCGACUGGGAUGGCACACUCAAGAAGUGAAACACCAUGAGAUGGCCAGAAUGCUUGCCCACUCAAACCCACAAGAGCUGUGUGGCCAUUGGUUGGACACUGGUUAGCAGAGCGGAUGGUGGGAAAUGAUCUGCCUUUCCUAACGGAAGGACAGAAGUGCAAUUGGAGCCUAGCUGGCACAUGGAUGGUCUAGCGACAUUUCUGUUUGUUUGUUUUUCUGUUUGUUUGAACAAUAGGAUACAAUUUGCAGAGGAAAGGACGAGAAGCAGUUUCUGGUCCACAGCAGAUUCCUGUCAUCUCAGUGGCCAUAUAAGUUCACUUCCAGAAGGAAUUUUUUUUUCAAAUAAUAAUUUUUGGUGAAGGGUUUUAUUGAUAUAUUUUUUUCUUUUCAAGUUUUAAAGAAAAUAUUGUUUAAUAAAUUGUGAUGGCCACCUGUAAAGCAGAAGUCGUGAAGCUCCACUGUGCUACUUCCUGCAGUGAACAGUGGCUCUGAUGACAGUGUCAUCCUUUAGAGGAUUGAAGGGGCCGCCCCCGUCCCCAGUGCCUAGAGUCCUGCACUGUCUAGCUCUGGCUUCCUCGGGUCUGUCCUAGAGUGGCAGCGUCUAGAUCCAGGAUCCAUCUUAUGGUCUUCCCCACAUCCCAGAAAGUUCUGCACUCCCUGCCUCCCGCCACCACACUCCUGGAAAGUGACUGGCUAAGCAGCACCCGUGGUGCAUGUGGGCAAAGGGAGCCACUGUUGUUUGCCUUGGGUGGGAGGCGGACGGACUUCCUCAUCUGUCAGAGUCCCCGGUGCCGACAGUGCUGUGGCAACUCGUUGUCCUUAGUCAACGAAAGUGAGGUCUUCCUACAGAAGCUGUAUUUUUCUGCUACAAAUUAUUUUAUAUUUAUAGCAAAACUCAACCUUCCAAAGCCCGUUGAUUAUCCAUGGGAUACUGCCUCCCCAAAAGAAUAUGGAGAUUUGGGGUUUGGGAAUCCACUACCACACACCCUCAGUCCAGACCGACUUCUCAGGUACGGUGAUUGGAUACUGAAGACCUGUGACCUUCCCCAGCCAUACCCGCCCCCAUUGAUCAAGUCCACGUUGACAGAGUGAGAGCACACACGGACUUCACACCUGCCCAUAAGCACAGGCCUUUCACUGAGAGUCAGAAGUGAGUACUGGAAUGCUCUUGAGCGUAGCGGUUUUAAAAGCCAAUUCUCUACCCCUGCAGAAAGUAGAAUUUGCACGUGUUAUGACUGUUUUUCCCCUCCCCCCUUCCCACCCAUCUCCACUUGCUACCAGCCUUGCUGUGUGUUUGUAUCCAGAGAUGAGUGGAGACGGAAGACCCAUCUUAUGAGGAUGCCUGAGGUCCCCGGAGUGGGGGACGACUUUAUCUUGGUAAAUCCACACAGGGGCUGCAGGUGGGUGUGGUGCCAGGUGUUGGUGCGUCCCUCCUCGGCCUCUCGGCCUGCUUUGGAUGGAGCCAGAGAAAUGGCUGCCCUGUGCGUCUCUGUUUCCUGUAAAGUUGUUGUUCACUGAGCACGUGGUCAGUCGUCCUCGUCACCUCUCGAGCAGAGUCUGGCUCGUGUAAUCACACACGGCUCUUUUCCCUUCUCCCAUGGCUGUCUGUAUCCCUUGCUGUACCGUGGAAACGAGCUGCCCGUCGGUUGUGACCGGUUCUAGUCUAGACAGAUUUUGCCAAAGCAUGUGUGUCCUGCCAGUGGCCCACUGUGCCCCUUGACUGAACACGCUCAGCCCGUGCAGGAAGAACGGGCUGCCUCGUCCUUUGUACUGGAUGUUUUCUCUCAACUCUAGACUCCAGUUUCAUUUGUACCUUGAAAACUAAUGAACUUGGACAGACCUGUUUGUAGUAAUUUGGUGUGUAGAUGAGAAAGAGAGGGAACACAGUGGCCGGUGAGUGCUGUUGCUGCUCAAUGUGGAAACCUGAAGAUCAUGUAAACAAUUUUGCACUUUUCACUAUAUGCUCACAGUUCCCCAGGGCAGCACUUUCCCAAGGCGAUUCAUCCGGAAGGACUAUAAAAUGAACCCCUUGAAUGCGUGAUGCUACAACCGUAGAAAAGUAUAUACUUCCUGGUGAGGGAGGCGGCGUGUUGAAGAGUGAAGGGCAGUCUUGCCUUUGCCUUACAACGGGUGUGGAUGGCCAUACAUGUAGAAGCCCUUCUAGAUCAUAAAAAAUCCUGUCGCUAGAACCAGUUGUUCUCCUUCAUGGUGCCAAGAGGGCAGGCCCCGUGGGAGCAGGGAUUGCACGGCAAGUGUAUCCUCUGGACAGAAAGGACCCCACCCACCCCUCUGUGCGCUCUAAUUCUAGGUCUUAGGAUGUUUAGAGUGGGCUCUUCCCCGUCUUGAUUGAAAAUGUGCCUUAACUGACACCUUAUGUAUUCAUGUUAGGGACAGGACCUCACCCUUAGGAUUCCUGCUUAGAAAGCGCUGUGCGCUGCACAGCUACGGUCCCGAUGCAGAGGAUGAGAUUCGUCUAGACGUAUUUGUGCCUUUGUUGACCAAACAGCUUCUGAAGUGAUGCUCUUUGUUUUGCCACGGCUUCAAGGGCUGAUGUUUACUUUGCUGCUUUGUCAAGUCUGAGGUCUGUCUGUGCAUCUUAAGGUAAAUGAGUUGGGCUUUACAAAAAUAUCUAAACUCUUUCCAUGCCCCCUGCUGCGAAUCCCUCCUCUUGGUGAGCUACCUUUCCCAACACUACCAGUCCACCACUUCGUUGUUCAUUCUUUCCCGAGAAUAUUCCAGGCUCCUUUUAGAGACAGAGAAGUGUAGGUUUUCCUCACUGAGAAUGAGCCAACCGCUCUGCAGCUGUGGAGAGGGUAGGUUCUGUUUGGAUGCCUCCUUCUCCCUGCCUCCUCUCCUCCUGUUGGUUUUGGUCUAUUUGGAAAUAAUGGGUGUGAGGACGUUUCCUGUGCCUUAAGGGAUGUUAAAGGGCAGAAGGGCAUGAUGUUGGGGUAUUUCUGCCAGGUGGUCCUCCAGUGUGCAGUCCGGUCAUGCUGGCUUCCCACUGAGAACAGACACCUGUGGCCACGCCCUUCUGAUGAUUGACAAGCACAUUUCUUCAGGCGGCUGUGAGUUUCCUAGGGGUGAAUGACACACUAUAUUUUGUUCCACUGUGCGUCCCACAUUGCAGUCACUGUGAUGACCAAAGUGCCUCUUUCCCUACCUAAGAGGGAGCCAGAGGACGGGAAGGAAGCUUAGAGCUCCUUGCGAGCCUGGAUAUUGCUACAUCUGUCCAUAGGACGGACACUGGAAUAAGGCCACUGACACGCAGGCCUCGCUGCAUUGCUGGGCCGCACCGUGGUUGACCUGAGGAAGAUGAACUCGCUUUGCCUAGGUGUUUUAGCAAUACUCAAUACAGGCAGUAUUAGGUUUGCCUUUUGUUCAGGCCACGACGUGUAUUGCUAAUACUGCACACCCUCACAGUCUCAUGCUGGGGUGUGUGCAAUGUCUGCUCUGAAUCUUGUUUUAAUUUUUUCUGAAUGUGAUCAUGUUUUGGAUGAUACCUGAGCAGGGUUGCCUUUUUUUAUUUAUUACCAUUAUAUAUUAUAUUAUAUAUUAUAUAUUUUCUUUCUUGUAAUGUUAGAGGAAAGUCAAAUCUUGGUAUUAUUGAAAUUGCUUUAAAAAGGAAUAGGUUGCCCAGGUGAUACUGCAAAUCACCGGUUUGUUUUCCUUUGAUUACCAUGGAACACAAUGGGUCUGUGCAGGCUGGGGAGCCUCUGCUCCCGGUGAAGAUGGAAAGCAACAGUGGAAACACCACAUUUUUAUCAGCUUCAGCAAUGAGACUGCAAACUUGGGGCUUUUGUGAAUAAAAUUUAGCUGCCUUGUAGAAUCCUUUGAAAGAGGCAGACAUGAUCUGUGAGAAUUUUUUUUAAAAGAAAAUCUGCAAAAGAUCUUUCCAAAGAUAAUGUGCCACAGAUCUUUUGUUCUUCUCUGUAUUGAGGAUUAAAUGCUGUUUUAAAUGCAAUUGACUUGUUCAUCUUCACAGUCUUUCCACGAGAUCAAACUGUAGAAAAAAUAUUUAAUAAAAAUUUAGAGAAAUCAUUGGA